AUGGAUGACUGGUACUACAAAGUUAGCUUUCACCACCUUCAGACCUUUUCAGAGGCAAUUAGAUUUAAUGUGGAUUAUGGAGUUUUUGAAGUAGUUAACAAUGCUCCACAACUUCUGGAAAAGCAACUGAAAAAAAUUCUACAAAACCAGCAACCUCGAAAUCCUAUCUAUGAUGUUGUAAGGAAAGGAAAGAAUGAUGUUAAACCUCCUCAAAUGAAUGCUCCCUAUGAAGAUGAGACCAUUAAUGUCAACUACAAUAUUAUGUGUCUCAGUCGUGAACAAGGUAUUCAGUGGAUCAAAAAAGAAAGACUUCCAGCAUUUCUGGAAAGUGAUUGCUAUUUUGAAUACAGGUUAGCCAAAUUGGUUUCACAAGUGAGAUGGAGUGGAUCAGGCGUGAAUAUCACACUAGGUGAGGAUUUUUCUCCCUGGGUCCUGAGAAAACCACCUACUCCACCACCUCCUGCCGUUAAAGAUGAAAAUGUUAUCAUUAUGAAAAAGUUCUACAUUUCUCUUGGCGAGGCCUCCUAUACGCAAACAAAAGAUUGGUUUACAUUAGCAAAACAAAGUCAGCAAACAGUAUCAACCUUUUCAUCCCCGUCCACUGUCCUCUCCAGCAAAGUUGGAUCACCAGUUAUUUCAUCUGUUUCUGAGAGUUUUAUCUUUGAUGAUGGAGUUCACCCCAGGGUAAAAAAGGACCCAGUUAAAACCACUGGAUUAAUUUCUGAAUUCGAAGAAGAAGAAGAUGGGUCUAUAUCUCUACAAGACACUCCUUCUCAUGCUCUUCUGAGAAUAUACCUUGAAAGGCAAGAGGAUGUUGGUGAAAGUCAGACAGCUCAUUUCUCAACAUUUGAAGAAUUUUUAAGAGCUUAUAUACUCUUCACUUUGACAGUAGUAAUUCAUCAAAUUCUUGGAGAGCCAUUUAGAGGAGACCCAGAUCAUAUAGAUUUCAGCAAUGUAACAGAAGUGGUAGUUAAUGAGUAUCUUGACUUUAUUCCUGACAAGACUAUUGCGUUAAGUGAAACAAUUCAACCCACAAAGGAAAAGGCAGAAGAGAUUUUAGAAGAAAAAAGUUCAAAGAGUAACAGCAUUACAUCAGAAAUCAGGGCUGAUUGGUGUAUUUCUCACAAAACUUAUGACAUUGGAAAUAGAAUGGAGUUUGAAAGAUUUAAGAAAUUUAUAAAAGGUACAUUAGGGGAGAGAUAUUGGUGGCUAUGGAUGGACAUUGAGAGGUUAAAAGUUCUUAAGGAUGGUGGAAGACAUCAAAGGCAUCUUGAGAGGAUGAAAAAAUGCUAUCUAGUGAGCAGUGGAGAUCACUACCUUUCUACAGAAAUCUUAACAAAAUUUAAACUGCUAGAUGGAUCUCAGUGGAAUAAAGAACAUUUAAAAAAUAUUCAGCCUGAGGUUAUGAAACCCUUACUUCUGUAUUGGGCACCAAGAUUCUGUGUUACUCAUUCACACUCAACAAAACGUGCCAGUACUGAACUGAAAUUGUGGCAUCUCCGUCAAGAGAAACCAAGGAAGGAUGUUGACCCUUUUCCACAAAUAGCAACCCUCUUGCCAUUAAGACCUAAAUCUUGCAUUCCACAAAUAUCUGAUACGCAGAAAGAAGAAUCCAGUUUAGUACAACCUCCUAAAUCUCCCAAGAAAUCUUCUACAGCACUACAAAGACCUUGGAAGAGAGAGACUUGGUAUCCAAUUUCUUCUAAAGAUAGCGUGAUUGAGACUGGGUCAAGGCAUAUGUCAGACAGCGGCAGAGUUAUUCAUUUAACAUCUUUUACUGACAUUUCUGAAUGUCGGAAGCCCCAGCUGGAUAGAAGAUACACUUAUACAGAAGAACCUUUGGUUAAAACCAUGGUCGAUGGUGCCUUGGGAGGAUUUGACAUGGAAAAUUUGUUGCAGUCUUUGUAUGUAGAAAAUAGAGCUGGAUUCUUCUUUACUAAGUUCUGUGAGAAUUCAGGGAAUAAGUUGUGGAAGAACAGUGUGUACUUCUGGUUUGACCUACAGGCUUAUCAUCAGCUUUUCUACCAAGAAACACUUCACCCUUUUAAAGUAUGCAAGCAAGCCCAAUAUCUUUUUGCCACCUAUGUUGCUCCUUCGGCCACUCUUGACAUUGGACUGCAACAGGAAAAUAAAAAGGAAAUCUAUAUGAAAAUGCAGCCACCAUUUGAAGACCUUUUUGACACAGCCGAAGAAUAUAUUCUUCUCCUCCUACUUGAGCCCUGGGCAAAGAUGGUGAAAUCAGACCAAGAUGCUUACAGACAGGUGAAGUUAGUGGAAGAAACUCGACAGCUAGACUCCACAUACUUCAGAAACAUACAGACUUUGCAUAAACAGACAAUUUGCAAGAAAGCUGAGGACACUACUUGUGAAAUUGGAACUGCUAUUUCACCACAUCCUGAUACCUCUAAACAAACAGAAUACUGGAAUAAUGUUCCUGCAGAGUAUAGGCAUUUUAAUUUUAAUAGUCUGCUUAACAACAAACUAGAGUUUGAACAUUUCCGUCAGUUUCUUGAAGCUCACUCUUCAAGCAUGGACCUUAUGUGCUGGACAGACAUUGAGCAGUUCCGAAGAAUAAAUUACAGAGAUCAAAAGCAAAAGGAGGCAAAAUCUAUAUAUAUUAAAAACAAAUACCUUAAUAAAAAGUAUUUCUUUGGACCUAACAGUCCAGCUUCUUUACAUCAGCAGGAUCAGAUAAUGAAUUUAAGUGGAGGCUGGGGAAAGAUUCUCCAUGAGCAACUUGACUCAUCUGUUCUCAUUGAAAUUCAGAAGCGUGUCCUAAAUAGACUAGAAAACAUGUGGUUGCCAUUGUUUCUUGCAAGUGAACAGUUUGCAGCACGUCAAAAGAUAAAGAUACAGCUGAGAGAUGUAGCCGAAGAGCUCUUACUGCAGAAGCAUGAAAGGAAAAUUGGGAUCUGGAAGCCUGUGGACAGCAAGUGGAUAUCUUCAUCUUGUGAAAUCAUUGCUUUUCGUAAAGCAUUAUUGAAUCCUGUUACUGCAAGACAAUUUCAACAGUUUGUGGCUCUAAAAGGAGAUUUUUUGGAAAACGGGGUGCUCUUUUGGCAAGAAGUACAAAAAUACAAGGAUUUGUGCCAUUCUCAUUGUGAGGAGUCCAUCAUCCAAAACAAGAUCAUGACUAUUAUCAACUGCUUUCUUAAUUCCAGUAUUCCACCAGCUUUACAAAUUGACAUUCCUUUAGAGCAAGCCCAGAAGAUUCUUGAACACAGGAAGGAGUUAGGACCAUAUAUAUUUAGAGAGGCACAGAUGACAAUUUUUGGAGUUCUGUUUAAAUUUUGGCCUCAGUUUUGUGAGUUUAGGAAGAACUUAACUGAUGAAAAAAUUAUGAGUGCUUUAGAAAGAAGAAAAGAAUAUAAUAAGCAGAAAAAGAAAUUGACAGUCCCAGAAGAUGAAAAAUUGGUAAAGGAUGGAAUCAAACAUUAUGCAACUAUUUCAGGAUCUACUGUCAGAACAGCUGGUGUAGUCAGUGACCCAGCUUUAAGCCUACCAGCAUAUAGCCGACAGCCAACCUGGUGCUAUUCAAAGUACAUAGAAGCCUUAGAACAGGAAAGGAUUCUUCUUAAAGUUCAAGAAGAAUUGGAAAAGAAAUUGUUUGCAGGCACAUCAUCUUUCACAAAUAUUAACAGGCCUACCGCUUCAGUUACGUCUUUGAAAAAGACCACAUCUUCCCACAACAUCCAGAGAAUUCUUUAA